AUGUCAUCCGGGUUAUGCAUCCGUGGCCUUUAAGUUAACAUGCGUGUGUUAAUGUUGCAUCUUCGUCAUUUAACUGAAAGCAACGCAAGAGGAAUUUUUAAAAGAGCUUUUUGCAAGACAGCAACUGGAAAUAUGCCAAUUAAAGUCGGAGAUUCUUUACCAUCCAUUGAGGUACAUGAAGGUACACCAGCAACUAGUGUGAACCUAGGAGAAUUAUUCAAAGGGAAAAAGGGCAUUCUCUUUGCUGUUCCUGGUGCUUUCACCCCUGGAUGCUCUAAGACUCACCUUCCUGGCUAUGUUGAAGAUUUUGGCAAAAUCAAGGCCAAAGGCAUAGACAUUAUUGCAUGUCUAUCUGUAAAUGAUGCUUUUGUGAUGUCUGCAUGGGGUGAACAAAAUAAGUGUGAUGGCAAGAUAAGAAUGCUUGCUGACACAACUGGAGCUUUCACCAAAGCAAUUGAAAUGGAUUUUGAUGCCACAGCCGCUCUUGGAAAUUAUAGAUCCAAAAGAUAUUCCAUGGUUAUUCAAGAUGGUGUUGUGACAGCUCUGAAUGUGGAACCUGAUGGUAAAGGGCUCACUUGCAGUCUUUCCAAAAAAAUUCUUACUCAAAUAUAAAGAAUGACACUCUUAUGUUGUACUUCUAUGUUCCCGAUUUAUAAGGAAAAUAACAUUGUGAUAGUUUUCUUUUUCUGUUUCAUUCUUUCUGUAUCGUUUCACACAAUAUAGUAAUUGAAUUUUAUUGUUGUAUUUGAAGUACUGCAGAGUAAAAUUUUUAUAGUUCUUAUUUAGA